UGUGACAUUGGGAACGUCGAUCAUAUACAGUCAUUGGCCGUGUUCGAGAGCAUCAAAUUCGUGAUGUAUCAUGGGUAAAUAGUGACUGACUGACGGAUCUACAAAUAAUAGUGAGUGGUUUUUUAUGAUGCACGGUGAUUUGUAGAUCAAUCAGUCGGCAGUUUCCUCCACUGUCGGCUGCAAUUUCGAACAAGACCAUUGAUGUCAACAAACCCCAUGUGAUCGUGCGACGCGAGCAAGCUUCUUCCGACGCAGCGUAAAAUAUAUCGAGAUGAAGGUAUGAAGUGCAAUCUGUAGCAGUAGCAGUAACAGAGCCCACGGGGCUGCUACCAGAGCAGGUACACCCAGUGAGAAGAGGCAGAGACCAUGGACCUGAGUGAGAGGAGGCCCAACAAGUGGUGGACAGAGUCGGACACCUUCGCCAUGCUGGCCCUCAUCGAGCAGCUUGACCUGGUGCAUGAGCUGGAUAAGAAGCGCCAGCGCAACGACUCGCACUUCCGCCACCUGCGCUACAGCCUGGCCAAGCGGGACAUCCACUUCACUGUCAACCAGAUACGCAACCGCUGGAAGAGCCUCAAGCACAAGUACCGCAAGAUCAAGACGGCAGGAUACCGUAGCCCCGCUGCACGCCUGUCCGCCAUCGAGUCAUUCCGUUACUUCCGUAUGCUGGACCGCAUGCUGGCCAGGAGGGCCCGGGUGGGGGCCCCAGAGCAAGGCACUGCAGAUGGACACAAUAUGGUGGUGUUGACACACUCGGACCUGGAGGAUCAUACUGAUGGUGAUGUUGCUCAACCUGACUCUGUGGCCCCUUGGCAGGAGAGUCUGGCUCCAGCUCUAGAGGGAGAAGGAGACGAGACUAACGCCAUCCCAGAAGAGGCCAACAACAGCACUUCGGGCUGGGCCCUGAAGUCAGAAGAGAUUAUGACUUUGGGUCUAUCUGGAGAGUAUCUUUACCCAGUGAAAAGUGAGCCACAUUCAGUACCCUCUUUACAUGAUGGGGAGGGAGCUAGUGACCCCACUAGCUGCAGUCCAGAAGAACCAACUGGCACUUGUGAGGACACCAGCACCCUGAUCCUCCAGCAGCUCACCAUCCUGAACCAUCAGCUAGGGGAACAGCUCGCUGAGCAAAGGGCCUUCCACUGCAGCAUGCUGGGCAUGAUGGACCGACAGAUAGAGGUCCUGGAGCAGCUCUCUAACUUCUCCACAGACCGCCAGGUCAAGACCGAACCCGACGACAGUGACACUCCUAUCAGCCAGCAGGUCCACAACUCCCUGGUGCGCAUCCUUAGAGGAGUGGAACAGGUCCAAACCCAGGGACACCAGCCGUGCUCAUGCAAGGCCUCCCCCUCACAGCCUACAUCUCCCUCCUGGACGGUCUCUCUGUUGGAGGUCCACAAAGGAUCACCCUCCAGGGAUGGGAACUCAACUAAUGACACAUCCAACCCUCAGCCCUCAGACCAUGGGCGGCCUGAACCUCAAGGACCACCCCCCUCAGAGCAGCUUUCCCCUUCCCAACAGAAGGGUGAUCUGCUUAACGGACUCUCAAACAAGUGCCAGCAUAAGUGAGUGCUCUUGAAGCUUCAUAGUGGAAUGUACAGUAGUGGAACAUACAGUGCUCUGACAGAGGAGAGCAUACACUCUUAGAAAAAAAGGGUUCUUCAGCUGUCCCCAUAGGGGAACCCUUUUAGGUUCCAGGUAGAA